AUGUCCGGGCUGGAAGGCGAGGCCCCCGACUACGAGCGCAGGCCGCCGUCCCAGCUGUUCGUCGUGCUGGGCGCUGCCACGGCCAACUGGGAUCCCGAUGCACCGGGUGCCGUCAUAAACAAGGUGUCCCGUGUCCUGGUGGACGACGCGUACUCUUCAGUCUAUGCCGCCUACGAGCACAGUCUGGCCGUGGUGGAGCUGGAGGUGCCGCUGGCCCUUACGGACUCUGUGCGGCCAAUCUGCGUCGACAGCGGCGCCCAACCGCAGCACGGGGACAUUUCAUAUAUGGUCGCUCCAGAUUCGAACAAAAAUCUCACUCUGAAACUGCAGAGGUUAAAACACACCAGCCGAGAGAACUGCAUCGGCGAUUCGAUAUAUGCACGGGUACCUGAACACAAAUUCUGCGCUGACAGCUCAGAUGAGCCGGUGUGCCAGCACGCGAGGGGCAGCGGCCUGGUGUGGCGCGCCGCCGACGGCCGCUGGCUGCUGGAGGGCGUGGCCAGCGUGAACACGGCGCACCGCGACUGGGACCAGCCCGGCCGCUGUGUCGCCGGCCAGCACGUCUUCAGCGACGUCGACAGCCAACUGCCGCUGCUGCGCCGCCUGCUGCUCUCCUCGUGCUUCAGCGGGCGGCCCUCGACGGCGCCGUGGCACGCGCAGCUCUACCUGCGCACCAAGGAGCGCCGCGGGCACGAGUACGCAUGCGCAGCUGCCCUGCUCACUCAUCGUUACCUUCUCACAGACGGCAGCUGUUUUAAAGGGAGAACUGCCAACAAUUCGACUGACGCCUCGGGGUUCGUCGUGGCUCUGGGGAAGAAGGUGAAGAGCCUACAGGCGAGAGAGACAGGCUCUCAGAUUCUAAAGGUCUCGCGCGUCGUGUUACAAGAGGGGGGACGCGGCCUGGCGAUCGUGGAACUGGAGGUACCGGCGGUUCUGGGAGACAGCGUGGCAGCCGUGUGUCUCAACACGGCGACCCAGCGGCCGCUAGCUGACGGAGUGCCUGCCGUGGUGGCGACUUUCAGCCCUACAGAAAACUCUGCACUGAAGCUGCUGUACGUGAACGUCGUAGAUUCCGACAAGUGUCUAGUCGAAAAGCCAGACUUCAAGACAUUCUUAUCAGAUGCCAAAUUUUGCGCCACCGACAAGAAAGCUGCUGUGUGCCAAGGCAACGAGGGUUCGGCCAUGCUGACUCGGGCCCCGGACCGCGGCGCCUGGUGGACGCUGAGGGGCGUCUUGGCGCCGACGCCACAGCCUCCCAGUAGCGACGACGCCUGCCCCAAGGGCAACGCCAUCUUCACCUCGGUGGACCACUCGCUGCGCUGGAUCCUCGAUACCCUACAACGCCUUUCCGUUCCACGAUCCUUGCUGAAACCUGAAGGAGUCAGAGGCUGCUGGUCGGGCCACGCUGGAAACAUCCCGUGGCACGCACUCAUCUACCGUCAACUAGAGCGCCCGGAGUGGUUCGAUCUCCAGUGUGCGGGCACCAUCGUCUCCAGGAGACACGUAGUAACUGACGCUGCCUGCUUCUGGGACGAAACUUCAAGGACCAUGCGAGAUGUCUCAACACUGCGAGUAACCGCGGGCAAGAAAACAAGAGAUUUUGAUGCGGAAGAAGCUGAUGUACAGAUUAGAAAGAUCUCACGGGUGCUGCUGCAACCGGGCUACCAGAGAGAGACUGGAAGUGGGCCAGCCGUGGCGGUGGCGUUGCUGGAGAGGCCGCUGGAGCUGAGCGGCGCCGUACACUCCGUCUGCAUCGACGAGUCUGCCGGAUCCCCUCUGAAGGAUGGCCAGACCGGUCUGGUUGCAACACUCGGCUUGCCACGAUAUUCCGAGCUCAAGAUUCUUAACAUGAAUGUUCUAAAGAAGAAUGAAUGUUUAGCUGAACUGUCUGCCAGUUCUUGCUGGACAAUGGCCUCUGACAACUUUUGUGCCAUCGAUCGCAAAGUUUCAGAAGGCCUUUGUUCCGGAAACGUGGGAGCGGGACUGGUAGUCCGCGGCCCUGGGGGUGCCUGGCUACUGAAGGGCGCCGCCAGCUUUCGCCAGUUGUGCGGCCCGAACCACCACUGCUCCAAGGCGACGGUAUUCUUCACGGAUGUUGACGACAGUCGUGACUGGCUCUGGAAGACAGUGCAAGCAAGCACUUCGUACCACGUUGCGUAA